AUGCCCGCCCAGCGUCCCCGUGCGGCCUUUGAGCCAAUCCCACCUGACCUGGACGUCGCGGCUCUUGUGGAAUCCACACCAAAUUUCGAGUACGUGGUUAGAAUCCAUUGCAACUCCAUUGAUGAACACGGUCUGGACAAUUUCGACAAACUCGUUCGCUUGCAUGUCAUUCUAGGCGGAAAGCCUUUAGUGAUUGAAGGUUUUCAUGAGAGGCUGGACCGCUCUGUGUUCUCUGAGAAAUGGCUAAGGAGCCAUCAUUCAACGAAAAGUAAGUCUACAAGCUUAGUGAUGCUGUGUCUCGCACCUAUGAGUUCCUGUCUAAUUUCAAACUCGCAUUUCAAAGAGGAGAUUGCUCGAAAUUUGACCACGAAGAGCAAUCUUCCGCUCUCGAUUGGCCACUACUUGAAGAACAUGCCGCUCUUAACGAAUCAAUGGGAUUCGUUCAAUUACAAGGACUCUGAUCGACAGCGGAUCUAUCUAAAAGAUAUCGAUUGUCCGCAGACAUGGCACGAUCAUUUGAAGAGUCUCAUUCCCCCGCCGCUUUUUUACCUGAAUAAACACCCAGAAGCCUUUCAAGGCCCAGGCGCAGAAUCAGUCACAGCUACUGAAGGGUAUCAGACUUACGCGGAACCCGGGAAGAAGGUUGGAAAACCUGGUGACCUCAUGAGCUGCCUUCCGUCGAGCAUGCGCGCCGAAAAUCUCAUGUGUUAUAUCGGUCAUGAAGGCACAUAUACACCGUCACAUUACGAAAUGUGCGCAAGCCUCGGUCAGAAUAUAAUGGUUGAGGCAUCGAAUGGCUCAGUUGAGGAUGGCAUGAAAACUAAGCCAGGGUCGUCCAUCUGGUUCAUGACGGAGAGCAAGGAUCGCCGAGUCGUUUCCGAGUACUGGCAGUCAACACUGGGCCAUGACAUCGACAUUGAGGAUCAUUUCGCGCAGAUCAAUGCCUGGAAAGCCGCUCCAUUCAGAACAUAUAUUGUUGAACAAAGGCCAGGUGAUUUUAUUCUGAUUCCCCCACUGGCAGCGCACCAGGUCUGGAAUCGAGGAACAAGGACCAUGAAAGUAGCUUGGAAUCGAACUACUGUGGAAACCCUGAGCCUAGCCUUGAGUGAAGCCCUUCCUCAUGCUAGGAUGGUCUGCCGGGAUGAGCAGUACAAGAACAAGGCAAUUGUGUUCUACUCACUUGAGCAUUACUCAAAGCUCCUCGAGAAAGUCGAUGUGAACAGUAUGGAUAGCAAGCAGCAACAGUUACUGAAAGACUUUGAGCGUCUUUUCGCACUGUACACCCAGGUUUUGCUAUCUGAGAGCUUCUCACAGGAUAAAGCGGAAGAGAAGGGCGUCGAAUACAUCCCCUUUGACAGUAACAUCACCUGUUCAUACUGCAGGUGCAAUAUUUUCAACCGAUUUUUGACUUGCCCGUGGUGCGCGGGUGGACAGACUGCCGAUGGCGAGGACCCCUACGAUAUCUGCAUGGAAUGUUAUGUCAUGGGCAGAAGCUGCGCUUGCAUCUCAAGAUUAAAGUGGGUCGAACAGUUCCCUUGGAGUGAGCUGACAGGGAAAUAUGAAAAUUGGCGAGACCAAAUAUGUCGGCUCAACAAGAGCAAUCUGAACAAUCAGAUAUUUUGGCCUCUCACUGAGGAGCGAGCUCGCUACGGCAAGAAAACGCUAGCUGAGAUGUGCCAAGAGCAACUGAUAAGGCGACCGUGGGUUGAUAUCACCAAACCAGUGACGCGCAAGAUCGAUGACAAAUUGAGCGAUUCAGAAAGUGUGAGCCCUGCUCGGAAACGGAGAAAGACUCGCCUCAGCCACGAAUCUGAAGAAGGUGGCCGCUGCCACAUCUGCAAGUAUAUCGAGCCGAUAUGGAAGCUCGCUUCUUGCGCCUUUUGCAACCAAAACUACUGUUAUGGUAGUCUGUUCAGAGCCUUCAAUAUCCAACCACAAGAAACCAUGGAAGUGUAUCGUUGGAUGUGCCCGAAAUGCCAAAAGAUUUGCAGCUGCGCAGCAUGCCGUCGAGAUCCCUCGAUGAAACCUUUCGAACCAACCUGUACACUCCUCGGUCAUGAUACAAGGAAGAUAGCGGAUCCUCGCAGUGUGGAAAGCCUGGUCGACUUCCGGCAGUCAAAUCUGAGGUGGUUAAAAAAGGCAGGCGACGAUGAGAUAGGAAGACUGAAGAAGCAUCAAAAAGAGGCGGAUGAGAAGCGUCAACAGGCUAUGAUUGAAUAUUGUAUUCAGUUGGAGGAAUCUCCUCAAGUAUCCGACCCGUCGACGGAAUAUGGGGACAUACCAGUCGAUCCCGCAUUGGAGAAAUUAAGUGGCUCGAUUCUUACACCACCGGAUUCCAUCACUCUGUGA